CAAAUAUAAGAACCGUUAAUAUAUACAAAUUCAAAAUUUUAAUUAUAUUAUAUUGGCUGUAUCGCAUUACUGCUCUUGCUUCGAGCUUUACUUGGUCUUUGGUAGUGUUUAAGCGUAAAAACGAAAUCAAAUAAAUUAAUAAAAUGCAAGUCAAAUUUUUAAUUACUACCUCAAUCGGAAUUCUAGCAAAUACUCUUAUCUGUGCUGCUGACACAGCUGAUUGUACGUCAACAUAUCCAUCGAUACAAAGACCAAAUAAUUUCAAUGACGAUGCCUGUGACGAUGCUGUGCGAGUAUUUACUCCAGAAGAAAUAAAAAGAGUACUAAGUACAUGGGCCUUACUUUACAGUAAUCGAUCGGAGACUGCUAUGGAUAUAUUCUUACGGGGAUUCGAUACUAGCCCAGAGUUUCGGCAAUAUGUACUCAAGGAUCACUAUAUAUCACGAAACGACAUACCGAAAGAUAAAAACAUUAAAAAGCAAUCUUUGAGAACCGUUGAUACAAUUAAUAUUGUUGUUAAUUCAUUAUCUCACGUUGACGCUGUCGAAAAUUAUCUUACUUACAUUGGAAAACUUCAUAAAGGAUUCGGAAUAGAGAAACAUAAUUUUGAAGAUUUCAAAGAAUGCUCUCUUUUUGUUUUCCGUAAGAGACUUAAUCAAUCAGGACAUCAUUUUAGUCAAGAAGAUAAUAUUGUUUGGAACAAAGUUUUUGAUGUCAUUUUGGAAUAUAUUUUCAAAGGUUAUGAAGAUUAACGAAAACAUCUAAACCACGAAAUGGCUGCAAUCGAAGUUUAGUCAUUUCCAGUGCAGUUUACUGUAAAUUUUACUAUACAUUCUAUAUAUGUUUUAAUGUUUCUUAUGACUAUUUUUAGCAAAGUAGGGAGUAAAAGGACCAUUUGCGGCCACUGCUCCA